AUUUGCUUUCGUGGACUCUCCUCCAAUCUCCUCCGGCUGCUGUUUCCGACGGCUUCGUCGCCCCCACCGCCACCGCUACCGCUACCGCCUUCUCUCUCCGGCUCCCUCUUUGCUCGCCUAUUGACGAGGCGAUCAGACGGUGCCGGGACGAGCCUCCAUGAGACAGUGAACUAGGCAGUAUUUCAGAUCCCUCUUCUGCGGUUAGCGGUCCCCCGGGGUUUGGAUUCGCCGAGGCAUCGGGGAGAUCGGGGUGGCUAGGUUUUCAGGCUUGGAGACAUGGCGGACACGGGGGAACUGGAGCAUCGGCUCCGGGAGGUAGGGAGCAGGCUGGCGCCUCCUCCCUGUGGUGCUGAUGAACUCCUAUCUCUUCUCAAUCAAACUGGGAGUUUGUUAUCUAGAGUGGAACAAUCUCCAACAGAUUCAAUGUUAAAUGCACUUAAGCUGUCAAUUGAAGCACUGGUGGAUAAGGGGCUGCUGGGGCAUUCAGAUAUAGAUGUGAGGGUGGCCAUUGCAUCAUGCUUUAGUGAAAUUACAAGAAUAACAGCUCCCGAGUCCCCAUAUAAUGAUGACCUAAUGAAGGAGCUGUUUCAGAGGAUUGUCCAAGCCUUUGAAGAUUUGGAUGACAUGUCAAGUCGUUCUUUUCUCACGAGAGUUUCCAUUCUUGAAACUGUUGCAAAAGUUCGGUCAUGUGUGGUGAUGUUAGAUCUUGAGUGUGAUUCAUUAAUCCUAAAAAUGUUUCGUCAUUUCUUCCGGGCAAUAAGACCAAAUCAUCCUGAGAUCAUCUUCUCCUCUAUGGAGACAAUUAUGACACUUGUGUUGGAGGAGAGUGAAGAUAUUUCAUUAGAGCUAAUCUUAUGCCUUUUGGAUAGCGUCAAAAGUGAUAAUAAACAGGAUAUCUUGCCUAUUGCACAUAGUCUCGGGAAGAAAGUGAUCAGUAAUUGUGCUGGGAAAUUAAAGCCUUAUCUUGUUGAAUUAUCCCAGUCCAAUGAGUCAGUUUUGCGUGAGUAUGGUCGAAUUGUAGCCUCUAUAUGUCAAGAAACUUCUGAUUCUAUGGAGAAGGAUAUCAUAACUGCUGCUGAAACUAUGGAAUCCAAAAAACCAGAACAAAUAAUAAAAGGUUGUUCUGAAGAAAUUACUGUAAAGGCAAAAAUACCGGAGCCUCUACUGAGCAAUGACACUGUUCAGAUGGUCAAUGGUGAGUCUGUCUUAGAGCCAUCUUCUAAUGAGCAGCCUGAACUAUCCAAUGAUCAAUCAAAAAAUGGAACCAAGGUUAGCAGGGAUGUUUCAGCAGAUAUUGGAGCUGUUCAAGAUUCAUUGCCACCGCAGAAGGAGUUUCUCGAUAGAGCUACACCCAAAAGAGGGCGAGGGCGAGGGCGAGGGCGAGGGCGAGGGCGAGGUCAAGGUCGAGGCCGAGGUAGAGCUAGUUCAAGGCAAAAUAGUGGAGAAGUUGAGCAGUUUGCUUCUGCUUUACAACAAGGGAUUUCUGAGAUGUUGGGUGAAGCCACCUCCCUAAAAAACUCACAGUUGCAGAUGGAUUCAGAUGGUGUUUGUAAUUUUGAUAUAGAAAAAUCAUCAGCAACGGGGUUGGAAGAAAAACCCCAGAGACUAUCAAGAACAAAAGGUUUCUCCAAUAAGAGCAAUCAAGGUCAUUUGAAGCAAAAAUCACGAUUAUCCAAAUUAAAGGAUCAUGAUCAUCUCAUUGGCAAAAAAUUAGAUGAAGAUACAACUUUGGAGGAACUGAUCUCCUCGAAGUCUGCUGCAGAAACACUGAAAGUUAGUGACAACUUAGAGCAAAGUGGUAAAACAAAAUCUUACAGGAAACGCUGCCAUGAUGUCGCAGAGAUUUCUGAAACAGCAACUCGCUAUAAAGAUCUUGAUGGUCGUCUUGUUGGUUCACGAAUCAGGGUAUGGUGGCCAAUAGAUAAGAGGUUUUAUGAUGGUGUUGUUGUUUCCUACGAUGAUACUUCACAAAGACACAAGAUUGUCUACACUGAUGGCGACGUAGAGAAACUAUCAUUGAGAAAAGAGUGCUGGAAAUUUACUGAUGAUGAUGGUGACAUGGAUGUGGAGCCAGCAAAAAACUCGAGCAAUCCUUUUUCCUCAGAAGAGCCUAAACGCAAGAGAGCAAGAACAAGCUCAACUGUCAUCUCAAAGAAGUUGAAUGUAGAGACACCACAAACUAGUGGCACAGCAUCUGGUGGUCGUCGUAAAGGUAGACCUCCCAAAGUUAAUAUUUUGAACCUGGAUGAUGGCCCCAGCUCGAGUGUCACUGCAAAGCAGUUGAAUAUAGAGACACCGCCAACUAGUGGCACAGCACCAGGUAGUCGACGUAAAGGAAGACCUCCCAAAGUCGACAUUUUGAAGCUUGAUGAUAGUCCCAGCUCAAGUGCCACUGCAAAGAAAUUGAAUAUAGAGACACCAAUUAGUGGCACAGCAUCAGGUAGUCGACGUAAAGGAAGACCUCCUAAAGUUGACAUUUUGAAGCUUGAUGAUAGUCCCAGCUCAAGUGCCACUGCAAAGAAAUUGCAUAUAGAGACACCACCAACUAGUGGCACAGCAUCAGGUAACCGACGUAAAGGAAGACCUCCCAAAGUUGACAUUUUGAAGCUUGAUGAUAGUCCCAGCUCGAGUGCCAACCCAAAGUUGAAUAUAGAGAUACCACCAACUAGUGGAACCAUGUCCAGCGGUACAGGUAUUUCACCUAAAGUCGGCAUUUCGAACCAUGAUGAUGGUCCCAGCCCAAGUGCCAUUCUGAAGAAGUUGGAUACAGAGACGACGCUGGCUAGUGGCACCUUGUCCAGUGGUCGCCGUAAAGGUAGACCACCUAAAGCUGACCUUUCAAAUCUGGAAGGCGGUUCCAACUUAAGUGCCAUUCAGAAGAAAUUAAAAAAAGAGAUGCCACCAGCAAGCUGCAGUGGCGUAAUAUCUAGUGGUCGCCGUGAAGGUAGACUGCCCAAAGUCGACAUUGCCAACCUUGAUGACGGUUCCAGUUCAGAUACCAUUCCAAAGAAGUUGAAUAUAGAACCAUCACUACCAAGUGCUACAGCAUCCGGUGGUCAACGUCGUAAAGGUAGACCACCCAAAGUUGACAUUUCAAACUUUGAAGAUGGUCCCCGCUCAAGUGUCAUUUCAAAGAAGUUGAAUAUUGAAAGUGCAUCCAGCGGUCGCCGUAAAGGUAGACCACCCAAACUUUGCAAUUUGAGCCUCGACAAUGACCCCAAGCGGGAUAGUUUGAAGGCGAACAUAUCUUCUAAAUCUGGAAGUGACUCCAAGAACAAUAUCCUCGAGUUGAAUGAUAGCAAGGACACUUUCUCAAAUGAAGCUUCAAAGAGUAAAUCCACUGAAGACGACUCAAAAAAGGAUCAGGAAUCAACAAGCCACGCCACCCCCAAGAUUGAUAUCAAAUCGACACCAAGUAAUCCUUCAACGAAAAGCAAAGCAAAAGCAGUGGAUCCAGAGAAUGAGACAGCAGAGUUGCUACUCUCAAACACGACUGACAAAGCACCGGAGAGUAAAACUUUGGCAUCCUCAAGGAAGCGCAGAAUCAAGGACUAAACUUGAGUUUCAAUGGAACUAGUGGUUAAUCUAGAUAUUGCUGCACAUAUUUUCCUCUAUAUCUAUUACAUUUACUAAUAACCUGAGUAGUAUUAUGUCAGUUGCAUAUGGAGGAUUCAUAUUUAUGUAAAGCUCCCAGUCUGCCUGGGCAGGGAGAUGCACAGCCAUGGUAGUUGAUUCCUUGAUUUAAAGAAGCUCUAGUUGCCUAUAA